CCUGCCAGCCGAGGACGCUGCUGGUGUGCAGCAGAGUCCCAGCACAGGGCACUAGCUGCUGCUUCUCCGGCUUCUCCGGCUUCUCGUUCUAUACAGCACCGUACAUCGCAAUACACGUUCGACAUCUCCGCCGGUGCCGCAGCUCCGGCCCGGGUGGGACUUUUCCCGUGCAAAGGUAAACGUAGCUCCAUCGCCAGCAUAAAAUAUCGAUUUCUAUUAGUUCAACCUCACUCCUCAGAUUCUAGCCAACAUGAUCCAAAUAAAAAUAAUAGCUGUGUUGGUGCUUGCACUCUUUUUUGUUGUCUUUUCUGAUGCCUCAGCAUUAACGUUUGUCUUGGGCGCCCAGGAGAAGUCGUGCUACUAUGUUUUGACAGAAGAGCCAGAGGUGUAUGUUGGCUACUACUUUGCAGUUCAGUCUGGUGGUUCUUUUGAUGUCGACUACACAAUCAUGGGUCCUGAUGGCAAAGUGGUCAUCAGCAAGGAAAAACAGAGACAGGGUGAUUGGAUAUUCAAAGCUGAUCUUCCAGGGGAGUACGAGUUUUGUUUUGCUAAUGAAAUGUCGACUUUUGCUGAGAAAGUUGUUGAUUUUGAAAUCAAGCUUGAAAAUGAUUUCAAAGCACAUUUGCCAGAAUCUCCUAAUCAGCCUGCUAGUGUUGAGGGCAUGGUUUCUUCAGUUGAAAACAUUGAUUCCAAAUUGAAUAACUUGAUUCGUACUUUACAAUACUACAAAACAAGAAAUAACAGAAACCAAUCUACAGUUAGAUCAACUGAAUCAAGAAUAUUCUGGUUCAGUAUAUUGGAAGUGUUGUUAAUGUGUGGUAUGGCAGGUUUGCAGGUAGCAGUGGUUCAUUUAUUUUUCAAUGGUUCAAGGAAGCAAUUGGUUUAAUUUUCAAAUAUUUUUUUUUCUGAAAUAAGAGGAGAAAAAAAAAAAUUGCCUAUCAGCAUGCUAUAAUUAUAGAAUCUACUUAAUUUUUUAAUUCUUUAUUUUAUUCAUCCAUUGGUUGUUCAUUAUUUUUAUUAUUAUAUAAUUAUCUAAUAAAUUUUUUAAAUUUUUUAAAUUUUUUUAAAUUUCUUAAUUAUUUUAAUUCCCAAAUUGAUUUGUCAAUUAGU